UAGAAUUCUAUAGGUUUUUACCGGAAGAUCGACCACCAGGACAAAAAUAUGAAUUGGAUGGUAUACACAUAGAUUUAGACAAAAGCAGCGAAGGCAACAUCUUUAUGCUUACAACUGAUGUCAGCUCGGAAGGAAGGUAUCGAUGCGAAGUUUCUACCGAAUCGCCUUCUUUUAGAACGGUCAUGGGAGAAGGCGAAAUGCGGAUAUACGUUAAUCCAAGCAGGAAACCAGAGAUACUUGGAAACAAGCAACACUACAUUAUAGGAGAGUUGGUAAAUGUAACAUGUAUUUCAGCGCCUUCAAGGCCACAAACAAGUCUGAAGUGGCUAAUAAAUGGUCGAGAGCCUCCAGACCACCAGCUAAGGUACCACCAGAGCAAGGAGAGUCCUGCAGGUCUCUUCACAUCAAUGCAAACGCUUCGAUUCUAUGCUCAACAAGAACAUUUCUUGGAAGGAAAAAUGCGGUUGCAGUGUGAAGCCAUUAUAUCUCAAGCUCAUACGCUUCGUAGCGAUGAAAUCACCGUAUCCAACAAUACCACGAAAGCAUCUGCCAUUACAUCGCAGGCAUUUGACUCCAUUCAAAAAGAUGGCCCUGUAAUAUCUGGCGGAAAAUCUGAAUACCAAGUGGGGGAUAUAGUGAAUGUCAGCUGCAUGGCGUCGAAAUCACAGCCUCCAGCAGAACUGCAGUGGUACAUCAACGACAAAGAGGCUCGCCCAGAUUUUCUCGUUCCCAUGCCUCCUAUCAUUUACAAAGGUGGAGAAAUAUCCACAGUACUUGGUCUCAGAUUUGAAGUGAAGUCACUGCACUUCAGACGAAAUGAGAUGCGACUUCGUUGCACCGCUACGCUCUCAGAAGUUACGAAAAUGUCCAGUGAGCCCUUGGAAGCAGAAAUCGCAGAACAGCAGAGGUCUGAUCUGCAUGUUGACUUUAAUGUUGAAUCAGUGUCCAAUAGUUGCACCAGAAGGACUGUCGUGUCCAGCACAUUGAAGAUAAUUAUUACUGCUACAUUACUUUUAUCGUCUUUGUAAAAAAAAGAGUAAUAUUAUGAAAUGACUGAUGAAUUCUUCAACGUUUUGAUCCCCUAAGUGAUCUUUUCAGACGAGACCUUAACUGUUCAACAUCCCGAGGUCUUUCAGAGCAGUGGCUGAAGAAAGAAAACAUUUCAUUUCUGUUGCAGAGACAACAAUAAAUCUCGAGUCGGGAUGAAAGUCAACUGCACAUGAUUUAGAUGAAAUGGGCUUUGUUGAACUACUCAACAUGCAAAUGGUGAUUUGUAAUAUAAUGGACUAAUUCCAAGAUUUAAAAAAAAAAAAACUCCGUUAAGAGUUGCAAACAUUUAGUUAAAACUGUUAUCGUUUCUUUCUAAAUCAUUGGCUUUAAUAUUCCCUUAAUUUACACACAAAAUUAUUCACCUCUAGAAAUAUGCGUGUUUUCAUAAAAUUUAAAGCAUAUUUAGUUUAACUAAAAAUAAUGCUAUUGAAACAUAUAUUUUUUUGUUUAUGUAAACAGUUUUCUAAUAAUGAUAUACGCACAGAACAUGUAAAUAAUCUUUACUCCAAAAUCAGCAAUAUGAUAUGUGUUAAUGAAUUGAAAAGACAUUGGAGCAAAUUUGCAACAUAUUUUUUAUAAAGUAAUUAAUUUGUUCGCAAAAUCAAGGUAUUAUUACAUGCACUUUUAAGUCUAGAAAUGUACAUAUUUUGAGCAUAUUAACUGAUGCUGUUAUGUAUGUAAAUGAAUGUUAUACUUCCCGAUGUAUAAAUUUCUUCUUUAAACUGAAAUCAAAUUUUUAGAAUUAUUAAGUAUGUUCAGUAAGUUACCGCCCUAAUAGCCAGGGCUAAGGCAUAAAUACAUGAAAUACACCGCCUGCUCAGUCAAUUCAAGCCGAGGACUGUAGUUUCGUGCUAAUUAGCACUCAUCAACCCGGCAUAGGAGUGAGAGUGACUGAGCUGGUGGUUGAAAACCUCUUAAGGAAGCCAAGAUUGCCAAACAAACUGGUAACUAAUACAGAAUUAGCACUGACCAAACGAGUGACCGAAGCAAUGGUUCGAUGCAAGUCGAUUAUAGAAGGCAAGACAGGUAUAUUCAGUAAGUUACCGCACUAUAGCCAGGGCUAAGGCAGUCAGUACUAAUUCUGUAUUAGCUACCAGUUUGUUUGGCAUUCUUAGCUUAAUUAAGAGGUUUUUCCACCUCCCGCUCAGUCACUCCUAUGCAGGGCUGAUGAGUGCUAAUAAGCAGGAAACUGCAGUCCUCGGCUGGAGUUGACUGAAAUGGCGGUGUAUUUCUGAAGUAUGGUUUAUGAGCAUGUAAAGGCCAAUUUCAUAGAUUAUCAUUCAGACACAAUCGGGAUUACAUCAUUUUCUUUGAUCGUUCUCCUUUUCAGUUAAAGACAGUUAUAAUAAACUUGUGGAUACGAGUCACUAAAGCAUGUAAUUUUGUUCCAAAUAUAAAUAUUGAUUUUUUUGUUGAACUUUUUAAUAAUUUUGCGUGUAUACCUCGCACAGAUAAGUAUCUGAAAGCAUAACUACAAAAUGUGGAUUUGAACAAUCUUGUAAAAGUCACAGUUGUGACCACUUUCUCCAAUUCAGGAGCGCAAGACGAGGGGGGGAGGACGGUUAUUGUUUUUUUUUCAACGCAGAUAAGGAUAAUAAAGGGAAAGUGAAUUUGCGAUAAUAGAAAUAUACUAAGUGAAAUUGGCCUGAAUGGUUUUGUUUGAAUGGUAUAAAAAUAUAAUUUAAAUACAUAAUGUAAGUAUGAUGUUAAAUCAAUGAAUAAUGCACUAUCGGCAAAAAAAUAAUUUCAGAUAAAUAUUCUAUAAACAACCGAUAUAUAAAAUAAGUCUUGAUGGUUUACUACUUUUCGGCGUACAUUUAAGUUGCUAAAAGUCUAAUUACUUUUUAUUUCUUGAAAAGCUUUAAAGGCAUUGUAAAAAAAAAUGAAUUCCUUUUUAAUAAUACAUUCCAAAUCAAGUGAUUGUUUUACAUAUAUUCUUCCUGUAUUAUUGCUGUAG